AUGUUCCGAUGGUACAAGGAAUCGUCUAUUUGUUACGUUUACCUUGCGGACGUUUCAGGUCAUAACGGAGAAGUAGACCUGGAUCAAUUCCACAAGAGCCGUUGGUUUACACGAGGGUGGACCCUGCAGGAGCUCUUAGCUCCUGGAAGUCUUAGAUUCUACGACUGCGAUUGGUGUUCGUUAGGAGAGAAGUACGAACUGGCUGGUGCUAUCGGAAGCAUUACAGGUAUCCCACACGGGAUUCUCCUUGGUUUCGAUGAUGUGAGCAAUGCUAGCGUCGCACAGCGAAUGUCUUGGGCAGCUAAAAGAGUCACAAAGAGAAAGGAAGACUUGGCAUAUUGUCUCCUGGGGAUCUUUGAUGUUAUGAUGCCAAUGAUAUAUGGGGAAGAGGACCAUGCAUUCAUUCGACUCCAGGAAGAAAUCAUCAAGAAAACUGCGGACGAUUCAAUUCUCGCGUGGGGUAUAAUCCCUAGCUCCAACGACGGCGUUGAAACCGAAAACACCGACAUCCAUCUUUUCGGAAAUGCUUUAGCCACUAGCCCUGCUGCUUUUAUGCACAGCGGCAACAUAGUGGCGGUGGGGAAUGGGGACUCGACCAUAGAGGGACUAGAGACCGCGAGAGGCUGCUUGCCGUUGCGUCUUCGUCUCAGCAACACCGAGACUGGACAGGCAGUCGGGUUUCUCAACUGUCAAGCCAUGAACCACAAUGGCUCAGUGGUGGGAAUUCCUCUCUUUUGCAUCACGCCUGGCGCAGUGCCACGGGAAUACAUACGACCGGCGGGGACAAAAGCAGUCCUGCGUGUACCUCCGACAGAGGCAGAUUCGGCACCCAGACCUAUUCGACUUCGCGCUUUGCUGCCGAGCAACAAAGCGGCACUGAGUCACUGCAAACACGGCUUUCACAUGAACCAAUGGUCUAUGCUCCUUGAACCCGACUUGAGUAUCGUCGAGGCCUAUUCUGAUGGACAAUGGAGCCAAGACCGAGCGGUCGUUAGUACCGUCAUGGAUAUACGACACAAUACUGCUCAACGGUUUUGGUGGAAGGUUCGCCAAAAGACGGGAGUAUUGAAAGACUUUGUAAUUGCUCUCGAACUUGGCGUCAAGCAGAUGGAAGUGCACGCAAGUUGCCAUCUGAUGGUUGCGUCUAGGGACACGGCUCUGGACAUAAUUGCUCGAGCAACAGCCGAUUCAGAUGGUUUUCUGGGCAGCAAGGUUGCAAGCAACAACUCUUUGACGUUGGAGAUUAAGCUCUCCCAGGAUUUGCCCGGUUCCAAACUCUUUAUGGUUACUUUGGGAGCAGCGGCGAAACCACCACAGCCGAUGGACAUCGUGGUGGACGCAGAUCAAGAGCUGAAGAUACUUGCACACACAAACUCGCUUUUGACACUAUUUGCAAAGAGUUGGCCGGUCAGCUUGAAGUUGUCAGAGUUCAAGAAAUCACUGGAGGGCAAAGAGCAAGCUCAAGAUCCACUCUUCCUCGAUCUCCUAGGAGAAAAAGAGGAAAUCCAGUCCCAAAUUUCCCUGGGAUCUCAAUCGGUCCAAGAGUUAAUGGCGCACUCUGAGAGCAGACAGAGACAAUGGAAUCGCUCGAUGUUGAUCAGUCUUUGUAGAGAUCUUCAGCUGAGCGACAUUCCUUCAACUGACGGUGUUUCUAAGCUCGCACGCGCAGCGUUCAUACGUGCCAUUACUGGAGGACAUAUCGCUGCCAUGGAAUAUCUCUGGGCAUACCCUGAAGUUGAUAAUACGGUCGAAGAUUCCAGAGGGCGAGGCGCUCUAACCCUGGCAGUUGCUGCAGACAACAUUCCAGUGCUGGAGUCACUGAUAUCCAAGCGUUUUGCUGUGAAUCGAUCGGACAGCUGUGGACAGUCUCCCUUAGGAACAGCGGCCCUGAUGGGACACCAUGCAGCCCUUCUGAUGUUGUUGAAGAAGGAAACAUCCAUCAGCUUUCAAACCAGAGACGGCCAGACUCUACUAGAUCUGGCAGUGAAGACAAAGCACCACGCAGUUGUCCGAACGUUAUUGGAAAAGGGAGCAGAUGUGAGAGGCGGGUUUCUAAAUCGGUCUAAAUCGCGCGCAACAGCUCACAAUGAGCCUCCAUUGGCUAUGGCUGCUCGCCUGGGCUCUGCUGGCAUUGUUGAAUGCUUACUCGACUAUGGAGCUAACGUCAACGAGAAAGGCUUGCCUUGUGUAGCAAACAAAGUUGGAUUUCGAACCGACUGUCCCGUGUUGGCUAUCGCUGCCGAUAUGGGUCACUACGACAUUGUCAACUGCUUGUUACGCCGGGAAGCUGACAUCAAUGCAAUCGAUGGAGGUUGUCGAACGUCGCUAUUAUUGGCUGCCAGGAAUGGUCAUGACCGAAUUGUUCAACUGCUCCUCCAGCAAGGCGCCGAUAUUGAGUUGUCAGACAGCAAGGAGGGCAGGACGCCGCUAGCAUUUGCUGCCAGGAAUGGUCAUCACCAGGUUGUUGGUUCGCUUUUAAAAAAAGGCGCAAACAUUGAAGCUAAGGACUUCGGGAGCCAAACACCAAUUUUUCACGCCAUUCACGCAAAGCGGGGUACGGCCCUGCAAUUGCUUCUCAGCUGGGGCGCUGACAUCAAUGCCGUGCAGAGCGGAGAAACCUGCCUUUUUUACGCGAUACGACAGGCGAAUGUGGAGGCAGUUGAUCUUCUUGUCAGGCAUGGAGCUAGGAUCUCGACAAAAAAUAAGUCUGGCUAUUUGCCAUUGCAAUAUGCUCGAGAUCAACGUGCCCGCCCCCCAGAGGAACAUAUCAUUGUUCAAGAACAACGUCGACUACAUGGGAUGAAGCUAGAGGAAAUCAUUCGGAUACUCGAGUCUGCCACCAUCGAACAUGGGGAGACCAAGCCAACAUUCAAAUCUAGAGCGCAAAACACGCUAGCACAGUUGAUGAAGAGGUGA